UGUUAUCCGCCGGAAUUUUUCCAGAAUUCGUUAGUUUUCUAUUUAGUUUUAUUUUUACAAAUUCCCAUCCCAAUUAACUUUACCCUUCAAAGUGACCAGUUUUCCCUGCAAGGGUUAUUCUCAAUGGCCGUCCAAGUACACGAAAUCGAACAAUUUCACGAAUCGGUGGAAUCCUUUGAGGAAAAUCCGUCCUCAUCUGAAGCAGUUAAAGGAUUUGAGCUUGACCAACCAAAAAAAUUCUUUAACUUGAGGUCUGCAUCCAGUGGAUUGCCGGCGUCAGAUAGUCCAAGCGCCGAAGAAGCCUCUGGGGUGAUUGGCCCUGCUUAUUUUGGGGAAAGCUCAUCAAAUGCCCUCACAGGAGCAACUGCAUACAGUGCGAUCUUACAGGAGAGGUUGCCUGGUUUGUUCUCCGAAGAAAAGCUUGCCUCCCAAAUAUCCGCGGAGCCGACAGCAGUGUCCAAAACCGACCCCUCAGGGAUUUAUACCCCCUUUGUUCCUUCAUCCGCCGCCCCACAAGAGCUGUUCCUCUUCGAUUCCGAGAUCAUUCCUCUGAAUCGGCCCGUUCUCAUUGGCCCCUCCGAGGGCGAUUUAAUAGUCCUAACCCAACUAUUAUACGAAUGCGACAAGUUGGUUAUCCUCAUUUCUCAAAAAUUGACAGGAUUUUUAUCCCGAGUUCUCCGAAGAAACCAGUUGGCCUUGCUAAGCAGUAACUACAGACAGAAAUCGUUCCACUUCAAGUCCAAGAUGGAGAAGGAUCCCGAGGAGAACCACUCUGAGUUCAGAGUAGACUGCAAGUCUAUUCUUUCCGAAUUAAAUCAUAUCCAAAAAUGCUCCUUUAAGAAAUUUGACAAGGUAUGGAAGACAAUCACUGUUUCAGAAACGAGUAGGCAAUUUUACAAUGAAGUAACCAAUGAUUUGAUUAUAGUGGUGAAGAACAUUCCAACAUUGUUAGAGAACCUAGAGACAUACCCCGAUUACAGUGUAUUCUUGACGGAAAUGCUAAUCUCGUCGAACGCCUAUAAACGGGAAAUAUUAGGCUUUAUCAUGGGAACAGAGUCCCAUCUAGAGGAAUUUGCGGCAAAGAACUUUACACAGUAUCUCAGCUUCAAUGACUCUGUGAAGAGUAUCAAGCAAGCCCUCGAUCAACUAAACGACCGCGUCGGCAUAGCUGAAAAAAUGUUUGACUCUUUCAACAAUCUAUCAUUUGAUAUAGCGCAUUACGUGGAGUAUCUGAAGCACUCAGAAGAAUACAAGGCAACAUUCCAGCAGCCAUACUUAGCUCCAGCCUCUACCAGAUUACACAAGUCCCUUUCGGUGAUUGUUAAGUACGUCCAGCAGCUCGAAUUCAUGGCAUUCAACAUCGCCAGGGGGUGCUACGAUGAUAUUGGUCGAGUAACUAUAGGAGACAGGUACAACCGCGUCACGGACGGGAAAAAGGUGUACAAAACGGUGGAGAAGAAAGACGGCUUCAGGGAGUACAGAACCGCUGUUUUCACCAUUGCCAAGCUUUCUACCCAAGUGAAGCCGCGAAUUGAAUACUUGGGAGGGGUUUUGAAGAUAUUGGAGACUUUGUCAAGCGCUGAUACCCCGUACUACGAGAUGCACUGGAUAAUGAACUUUACAAUCCCCUUGGCCAUAGGUGAUUUUGCCUUGGCACGGAAUACCUUUAAAGGGUUGACUAUUUGA